GGGACCACAACUGAGGCAGGUUGGGUUCUGCUGCCUGUGCUAUAUAAACAGCCCCACAGCACUUGCUGGUUGCUCUGUUGGAGGUUAGGAUGAGCUCAGAACUUCUGAAGAGAGAUGGUGAUCCUGCUGCUUCUGGGGAAAAAAGAUCUAAGAGGAAGCCUAAGAGAAAGGAAGUGUUUUCAGUCUACAUUUACAAAGUACUGAAGCAGGUGCACCCUGACCUUGCCAUCUCCUCCAAGGCCAUGAGCAUCAUGAACUCCUUUGUCAAUGACAUGUUUGAGCACCUGGCCUUGGAGGCCUCACGCCUGGCCCAGUACAGCCACCGUGCCACCAUCACCAGCCGGGAGGUGCAGACGGCAGUCAGGCUCCUGCUGCCCGGCGAGCUGGCCAAGCACGCCGUCUCCGAGGGCACCAAGGCCGUCAGCAAGUACACCAGCAGCAAGUGACCAACAGGGCCCCAGGGAAACCAGCCCAGGGCCAGCUCCUUCUCCUACAGGAGUUGGUAUUUGGUCCUACUCAACAGAAAAAGCAAAAUCUCCUGUUCCCUGCCUGCAAAUAAAAAAUGCAUAG